AGGUAAACAUGAAGGAGUAAGCUUGGCUAGCCUAGCUGUGUCACCAGUCACCAGCAAAUCGGCCACCAGACACCCGGACGUCCAGAAGCAAGAUAACUCCUCACUCUUCUGUCAAGUUACUACAAGGAUUCAUCGUCCCACAUAAGGCUCGACAGUUGUGAGAAAUGGUGAACGGACGUGAAGGGGAGGAGGACAUUUCCUUAACCCCCAAGCAUAAGCAGACCUCCCAUAUCCCUGGCCUGUCUCUCGCCAUGCAUGAUGCCGACAAUGAGGAGAAUGCCAGCAGGCGCCGCAUAGGCAUCGUGGAGACAGAUUCAAAUUAUGUGAAGCUUGCAAAACAAGGGGGACACAAAGGGUUAUUGUGGCAUGAGGAUACAACUCUGAGCGUCAGAAAGCCUACGCCAUACAAGCCACCUGCUUGGUUCAGCAAUGACACAGUUGACCAUAUGCCUCUCAGCACGACUAAAAGAACCGGUGCAGGGUUCUUGGGGCACGAAGAGUUCCAGAAAGGUCCAAAGAUGUCCACCACGCAGCCGCUAGAUAGUCCCUUUGGGGGGGACAAUAAGUCAGCUUGGCAACGAGAGGCUGAUAGAGUUGCUACUGAAGAGAUACGUGCCAUUGACAAUUCAGCAAAUCAACUGAAGGAGCUCACCAUAACCCCACAACACUUCCAGGAUUCCAAGUUCAGAAAGCACUCUUCAAGCAAGAACCCCGCCCCGGUCAGCAUGGCCAAGCUCUUGAGCUUCGCUUACUUGGAGGAGGACAGGACUCCCGCCAGAUCCUCAGCACACAGUCCGAGGUCUCCUCUGACAGGCAGCCCAGUCGGCCUGGAGGUGCCUGAGUAGCCUCUGGGGCCGGCUGACAAAGACUGAGGGGCUCAGUGUCCACCUCUGGCAGCCUGGCUGCUGCCUCUGCCCCUCUCAUCACCGGGGAUGGGCUCUGCGCUUCAGAGGAAAAUACUGUCCCCUUUCCCCAAGUUUAAAAAAAAAAUGUUCUGCACUUGUGUGCGUGUGUGGUUCUGUGUGUGCGUGCGUGUGCGUGUGCGUGUACGUGUACGUGUGCGUGUGUGCGCGCGCGUGUGUGUAUGUGUGUGUGUGUGUGUGUGUGUGUGUGUGUGUGUGUGUGUUUGUGUGUGUCUUCCUGUGUGCACUAAGUGAGGUGUGUUCUUUGACUGUGUGACCUUGUUUUUUUGAAGAUAUGCUAAUAAAACUGCUCAAGUAUGAA